AUGGCUUCCUACACCGUCACCGAGCCACACCCGACCGUCCCCAAGAACAGCUACAUGCACUCUGGACGGGGCGGUGCCGGCAACAUGUUCCGUGCUCCUACCAACACGACUCCCUCGACGGGUGUUCCCACUCAUCCCGUCUCGGCUCCCCAGCCCACCGGCCGGUUCUACAGUGGCAGAGGAGGAGCAGGCAACGCUCAUGCUGCUUCUGAGCGGCCCACUCUGUCUUUCGAUGAGGAGUACGCUCGUGCUGAUGCCCGGGAGAAGGCCUCGACCAUGGGCCAUGUUGGACGUGGCGGAGCGGGCAACGUCUUUGCCAGCGUCUCCACCAACGCUCACAAGGAGCGCAAGCAUAGCAAUGCUAGCUCAGCCAGCACUUCUAGCCGACGAGACAGCAGCUCAACGGACAACAGCAGCAUCCGGUCUGGCUUCUUCGGACGCCUGAGCAGCCACCUAAGCAUCGGCGGCCACCACUAA